UAAACUAAAAUUACUAUACACAAAAUCAGGUGCAAAAACGAAAUCUCCACCGGAGAAUCCAAGCUUGUGAUGUCGCAAGCUAGAGUGUACACUGACGUGAACGUUCAUCGGCCUCGGCAAUACUGGGAUUAUGAGUCUCUCGCCGUUCAAUGGGGAGAUCAAGAUGAUUAUGAAGUUGUUCGAAAAGUGGGGAGGGGAAAAUAUAGUGAGGUCUUCGAAGGUAUAAAUGUGGCAAAUAAUGAAAGGUGCGUCAUCAAAAUUCUCAAACCAGUCAAGAAGAAGAAGAUAAAGAGAGAGAUUAAGAUACUUCAAAACCUUUGUGGAGGUCCAAAUAUUGUGAAGCUUCUAGAUAUAGUUAGAGAUCAGCAUUCAAAGACGCCUAGCUUGGUGUUUGAAUUUGUGAACAACAAUGACUUUAGAGCCUUGUACCCAACAUUGACUGAUUAUGAUAUACGCUACUACAUUUACGAGCUUCUGAAGGCUCUCGAUUAUUGCCAUUCACAAGGGAUAAUGCAUAGGGACGUGAAGCCCCAUAAUGUGAUGAUUGAUCAUGAGUUGCGGAAACUUCGGCUGAUAGAUUGGGGGCUUGCUGAAUUCUAUCACCCUGGCAAAGAAUACAAUGUCAGAGUGGCUUCAAGAUACUUUAAAGGGCCUGAACUACUUGUGGACUUGCAAGACUAUGACUACUCUCUAGACAUGUGGAGUCUUGGUUGUAUGUUUGCUGGGAUGAUUUUUCGUAAAGAACCAUUCUUUUAUGGUCAUGAUAACCAAGAUCAGCUUGUCAAAAUUGCCAAGGUCCUUGGUACAGAUGAGCUGAAUGCAUAUUUAGACCAUUACCAUCUUGAGCUGGAUCCUCAACUUGAUGCUCUUGUUGGAAGGCACACUAGGAAGCCCUGGUCGAGGUUUGUUAAUUCAGACAAUCAACAUCUCAUCUCACCAGAGGCUAUAGAUUUUCUGGAUAAGCUUCUCCUCUAUGAUCAUCAAAGUAGACUUACAGCCAAGGAAGCAAUGGCUCAUCCAUACUUCAACCAAGUGCGAGCUGCUGAAACUAGCAGGACGCGGAUGCAGUUGCAGUAGCUCGAAUUCUCACAUUCUCCGGUUUCUUAUCAUCGUUCCUAAUAUGGCACCGAAGGGCCAGGCUGAAAUUGAGUUUCAUGCCUUCAUUCCAAAAAAUUUCCAACAUUAUCAAAAGAUUGUACACUAUAAAUCUCUACUUAAUUGUUACACCAACUUUGUGGAUUGUAGUUUAUAAAAUCAGUGCAUGUUUGAUUA